GCAAUCAGGCAAAUAGAAGCUUGCAGUUGUGCAGUGCACUUCUUUUCAGAAGGUAGAGAGCAAUGCUCAGGGUACUGACAGAAGAGGAAACAGACCCACAAGGAUAUAUUCUUAUAGCACUGGCAGAGGGCUAAAGCACCAGCGGGUCUUCUGAAGCUUAUUUCCAGUCACUUGGGUGUGAUUGCUCCUGAAUGCACAUUCAAGCUUCUCUACUGCAGGCAGUGAAGAGCCACAGAUGCACUCAACUGCACGCUUACUUUGCAACUCUGCAUCUGUCUCCACGCACAAGCCAAAGCCGUACCCACGGGAAAAGGAUACACAUGUUUUAUUGACCGAACUACAGGUGUUUCAAGCGAGUUGCUGGUUGACUGGAAUUUUUUUCCACUUCUCUCCCUCUCUUUUGGAGUGAGCUGCUGCCUCUUUGGAACCAGUAUGUCAUAUGUUGGAGUGCUAUGUGCGAUAUUCUUCCUGCUGGGAUCUGGGGAGGCUCAGGUUGCUGCUCAAACUCCGGAGCAGAGUCAGGGUCAGGGGCAGGACAGCUCCGACAACCCUUGGAGACAGGUGAUACAGUGGGAGAACAAUGGGCAGGUGUACAGCCUGCUGAACAGUGGAGGUGAAUAUGUCCCUGCGGGGACGGGGGUUCAAGACAGAGGCCCCAGUGUGGUUUUAGCAGAAUCCCGUCCACGCUCUUCACGCAGACCUCAGGGAGGCUUUGUUCGCAGGCAGGCUCCGUCCAGCGGAUCCUCUGAAACCGUCCGCGGGCAGACCAGGCAUCCGUUUGGCUUUGGACAUGUACCUGACAACUGGAGGCAAACCACAGGUCGCUCAAGUGGCAGUCGGUUUCAGGGAUCCUCAAGCAGUCGCCUCCGUCCAUCUACAGGCUCCUCAUCAUCAUCGUCGUCCUUCUCCUCAUCUUCAUACAACGUACCAUCAUAUCCACAGCUUCCACUUCCACAACAGCCUCCUUUUCAAACUUUUGACCCUAAUUAUCCAGAUGUACCAGUUCGAAGUUUUGAGCCCCCCUUUCAGCCCAUCGGUGGUGCGUAUGGUGGUGGAGGCUAUGGGACAGGCUACAAUGGAGGUGGAUAUGGAGGAAGCUUCGGCCCUGUUCUCCCAGGAUCUCCAGCCGACGUUCCUGACAGCAGCUACUAUUACUUCCAGUCUUAUGGGUAUGGACCCAAUCCUGUGGCCCCUGCCCAGCCCCCGUUCAGAGAUGGUCUGGACCACCGAUACACUCACAGCAUCUACAAUGAGGAAUCAGUUCCUGCUGUCCCUGUCCCUGAUGCGAGCCAGGGCCUUGUAAUGGACAGACCAGGACCUGCCAGUCAGCCACAAGUCCGAAGCCCUCAGUAUGAGCAGUUCCCCCCAUUUGGAAGACCCCAGCCUCCCUUUAUGCAGUCAGGUUCUCAGAGCAGGAAUUCUGCAAACUCUGCCCCUGAGAGCUCCAACACAAACGCUGGGAGUGUGUACCGGAGGGGACAAAGAGGUUUGCCUGACCUGGUUCCUGAUCCCAACUAUGUUCAAGCGUCCACAUACAUCCAGACAUCCUUCAUGUAUGCUCUGCGUUGUGCUGCUGAAGAAAAAUGCUUGUCAAGCUCUGCAUACGGCCCUGACAUCACCGACCUAAGCGUGAGGGUCCUGCUGAGGUUUCCACAGAGGGUGAAGAACAAGGGCACAGCAGACUUCAUGCCUAACAGACCACGUCAUACCUGGGAAUGGCACAGCUGUCAUCAGCAUUUCCACAGCAUGGAUGAGUUCAGCCAUUAUGAUUUACUGGAGGUCAACACUGGCCGUAAAGUGGCAGAGGGGCACAAGGCCAGCUUCUGUCUGGAGGACACCACCUGUGACUUUGGCCACUUGAAGCGUUACGCCUGCACCUCUCACACUCAGGGUCUGAGUCCAGGCUGCUACGAUACAUACAAUGCUGAUAUCGACUGCCAGUGGAUCGAUAUCACUGAUGUCAAGCCUGGAAACUACAUACUUAAGCUUACUGUUAAUCCCAAGUACUUGGUGCGGGAAUCUGACUACACAAACAAUGUGGUUCGGUGUAACAUCCACUACACAGGACGCUUUGUGACAACUAACAACUGCAAGUUAGCACAGUCUUGAUCUGGCACUGGAAGACUGCCACAUCAGAGUGACCCUGAUUGCUAUUCCAUUGAAAUGUGAAUGGAAUUCAUGUGUUUUUUGUUUGCCACAUCAAGCUGUUUUCCCCACUUUUCCCUUUUAGGUUUCUUUUAAGGAUACUGAGCCCACUUGCAGAUUGAGUUCCACUGAGAAUGUAGAGGCUUAGAGUAAACAAGCACACUCUAAAAUGGUUGCCUAAUGUAUUUCUGGAUGUCAUUAUUCCAGAAAUGAACUGAUGAGUCACAGCCUUGCACAGAAGUAGUCUUCUGUUUUUUUAUUUGAAGAGUUUAAUUUGAUUGCAUGCUAGUUUACCCCACUGGCUUCUCAAGGAGGUGUUAACCUCUCACACAAGAGUGUGAGUUCAGCUGCAGUGUAGUAAAAAUUUAAGUAAAAGAGUCUCACAAGUACAACAACUUUAUGAGGGUUUUGUAUUUGUUGUUUUUUUCUUACUUCCCCUCUUUAGCUGGUCAGGCUGGAAAAUUGUGACUCCGCAGGCACAUCCAUUUUAAUGAUUUGUUAGCUACAAGAGGAAGACAGCAGGACAAAUUUAGUCGUGUUUAACCCCUAAAUUUCCUUAUUUAAGUAUAACAGAAACAAGAAGCUCAGCUGGCAGGAAAAGGUGCUUUUAAAAACUAAGUGUGUUGUUGUCUCUUGCUCAGCUGCCAACACUGGUCAGAUGGCACAUAGGUCAUCUAUACCUUUAAAGAAUGUUUAUUCAAAUAUUCCACUGAUGCAUGACAUUAGCGAUUGGUAUUAACUUGAUGUAACUGACUGUAAGUUCUUCAACCGUUUUCAUGUUACUGUAAUUUUUUUUUUCCGCUUCUUAUUCUGAAUUAUUCAAGUAGUAUGUUAAAAAAAUGCAGAUAAUAAUAAUAAUAAUAAUGCAAUGAUGUGUAUUAAUGCAGAGAGACAAAAAGCAAUGUCGACCUACCUCUCCUGUUGGGUAAGCUGUGGUUUCCUGGAAAUAUCCCAACAAUUAUUCACUGCCAUUAAUCUGGUAUUUUUGAGCGUUCUGUCUGGGUCGUUUAGGCAACACUUGUGUUUUGAGUCAGUACUGAGUCCAAAUAGAAAAUGAGAUUACUUGAACUUACACGCUUUUUUGCAGAAAUAGCGGAAAUUAAAUGACCAGGCAGAAACUCCCAACUGAUUUUUAUGCUGCACCCAAUAAUGUGCCAUGCUUCCCCCUGAAAUUCAAGCUGACCUUCUCUCUCAAGAAAGACUCUUAUCUUGGUUUACUGAUACUUGAGUCUUUUUUUCUUUUUAAAAUAUAAUUUUUUGGUGAAGGACUUGUUGUGCAGCAGCAGCACAACAUGUCAGCAAUACAACAAAUAUGAGAACUUUGGAAGUGAACUGAAACAAAAAAAGUGUUAUAGUAUUGUUUCCAUAAACUGCAUAAACAAAAAUAAAAGCAAAGCAAAACCUGUU